AUGACUGUUCUUUCGAAUUCCAACAACCACGACGAGGGAAAAGGCACCACCAAUAUCGAACCAGACUACCUUCACCCGACCCACCUCGAGCACUAUGGCCCACUAGCACAUGUGAAUACCGUGGAGUCUCGAUUGCCUGCCUUUGCAGGGGAAUUGCAACCGGGUCUAUAUCGGACGCCCAGGCUUCGAAAGUUUGCGAAUCCUGCACCUCUAGGUCUCUCGGGGUUCGCCUUGACCACGUUUGUACUGGGGUGUAUCAACAUGGGCACACGGGACAUCACAGAGCCUAAUAUGGUUGUUGGUGUUUCUUACGCGUAUGGUGGGCUGGUUCAGCUUCUUGCCGGCAUGUGGGAAAUGGCCGCUGGAAAUACAUUUGGUGCUACCGCACUGUCUUCAUAUGGUGGUUUUUGGAUCGCUCUAGGCAUCACCUUUACUCCUGGAUUCCAAAUCAUGUCAGAGCUUCAGAAAGCUGACAACGGCUCAACCGACAUUUUCUACGACUCGUAUGGGUUGUUUCUUAUGGGCUGGUUCACCUUCACGUUUCUUCUCCUCACGUGCACUGUCAAAUCGACUGCGGUGUUUUUCUCCCUUUUUCUAUUUGUAGAUGUGGCAUUCUUAUUGCUUGGAAUUGGACACCUCCAUCGCGACUCCCAGGGAAAGCCUAAUCAGUCAGUCCUCACUGCUGGCGGUUUAUUUGCUCUCAUUGCUGCCUUUUUGGCGUGGUAUUCUGCUCUGGCAGGUAUCGCAGAUGACAGCAACAGCUUCUUUAUCAUUCCUGUCUUUCACUUCCCGUGGUCUGAGAAAGGUAGGGCUUCCAGACGGGAGGUUUCUCCUGUUGUUUAG